GCGAGCAGAUACUGCCUUCGAACCGAAACGAUUCACAACAUUCGCGUUUUCCGUAUCACCAUGAUCACGCCGGCGCUCUCGUGUGCUUUUCUCUUGCUGGCGACCCUGCUGCUGGCCAUUCCGGUGGUCCGGGGAUCCCUGCCAGCCCGGGAUCGACCAUCUCUCCGCCUGCCCAACGAGACCUAUCCGCUGUUGUACCGCCUGCACAUCUCUAGCGACAUCCACCAGGGCACCCUACUGUUCAGCGGAAACGCCACCAUUGACGUAGCCAUUCGGCAGUCGACAAACGAGAUAGUGCUGCACGCCAAGAACCUGACCAACAUUCAGAUUACGGUACGCCAGCUGACCGGCAGCGAUGUCGACGGGGGCUGGGAGGUUGUGGAUGACCUGACCCACACGCUGAACCAGGACGCGGCCUUUCUCAUUAUCCAUCCGCGGGAGAACUACCAGGCCUUCGAGGCAGGGCAGCGUUACCGCCUCGAGAUCCUCUACACGGCUAUUAUGAAGUCAAAGCCCAUGGGGCUCUACUAUAUGGAUUACAGAGAUGAGCAGAGUAAUCGCACUGUAUAUGUAGCUGCCACUCAAUCGGAGCCCACAUAUGCCCGUCUGAUCUUUCCCUGCUACGAUGAGCCUGGAUUCAAGUCCAACUUUAGUAUAAAGCUAACACAUGGCAAUAGCCACACGGCCAUAUCCAAUAUGCCAGUCAAGGAAGUCUUUUCUCAUGGCGACUUGACAACGACAUUGUUCCACCCAACGCCGCCCAUGUCCACUUAUUUGGUGGCCUUUGUCAUCUCUAAUUUUGAGAGGAUUUCGGAGACCUUUAGAGGAGUCACUCAGAGCAUUUACUCCUCGCCGAGCACCAAGGAGAAGGGCCAGACUGCCCUGAAGAAUGCAGUUCGAACUGUGGCUGCUUUUGAGGAUUAUUUUGGCAUAUCCUAUCCGCUCUUGAAGCUGGAUCAUGUGGCGCUGAAGAAGAACUACGGAGCGGCUAUGGAAAACUGGGGACUGAUCACCUUCAAGGAGGUCAAUCUGUUGCAGCAGGACUCUGAGGAUGUGCACAAGCGGGUGAUGGACAAGAUCACCCAGAAUCAUGAGAUUGCUCAUCAAUGGUUCGGUAACUUGGUAUCGCCCGAGUGGUGGACAUAUGCCUGGAUGAACGAGGGAUUUGCCACGUACUUUAGCUACGUGAUUACAGAUUUGCUAUAUCCCGAGGACAAGGUGAUGGACAUUUUCGAGGCCGAUGAAGCGGACAGUGCCUAUAGCUACAAUAGCUUCUUCGACGUCCGCCCCAUGUCCUCGUAUGUGGAGAAGGAAAAGGACAUCAUGGCUGCUUUCGACAUCAUCACUUACAAGCGGGCGGCCUGUGUGAUCAAGAUGUUCCAUCAUGCCUUCCGCCAGAAGAUCUUCGUGCGCUCCAUCAGUCGCUUCCUGGAGAAAUAUCGUUACAGCGUGGCCAAUGAGCUGAAUCUCUUCGAUGCACUGCAGGCGGAACUGCAGGAGGACGAGUACUUCUCCAAUCAGGUGUGGGUCUCUCGAAUACGGGACAUCAUGCUGUCCUGGACGCACAGCGAGUGGAUGCCCAUUGUGUUGGUCACCAGGAACUAUGAGAAUAACUCCAUUACCUUCAAUCAGAGAUCAAUACACUCUAAGGAUGAGCUCUGGUGGAUACCUCUGAAUUUUGCUACUGCCCAGACCCCAAGCUUCGAGGACACGCAGGUGGAUCUGUUUAUGCCACCGCAGGCGCAGUAUUCGGUUACGCUGGAGGAUCUAAAGUUGCAGCUGGGAGGCCGGGACUGGAUUAUAAUGAACAAGCAGCAGACUGGCUUCUACCACGUCCACUACGAUACGGACAAUCUGAGGGCAAUUGCCCGUCAGCUGCAGACGAACCAUUCGCUCAUUCAUCCGGUUAACAGGGCUGCCCUUUUCCGGGAUCUGAAGCCUCUCAUCGAGCACAACGAGAUGGAGAAGGUGGAUGUGCUCUUCGAAAUGCUCAAGUACAUGGAGUAUGAGGAAGAUAUGCUGCCAUGGAACCAGGUGGCGGACACUAUAGAAUUCCUACGGCGCAACCUGUUCGGCACCGCUUCGGAGAAUCUGUUUAAUGAGUUUGUGCGUCGCCUGGUCAAUCCCAUUUUCCGUCGGCUGUUCCUGGACCCAGCAACGGAUCAUACCUCGAAAAGCGCUCUGGAUGCCGGCCUGGUGAUUCUCCAGAUGGCCUGUCUGGCAGAUUCCCAGGAAUGCCUAGAGUACACCCGCCGGUUUGCCAAGGAGUACAUCUUCAAGAAGAUUAACCUGACUAUCGAUUUCGACUACUAUGCCACCUACGACACGGUUUUGUGCAUGGGCAUGAAGUACCUGAGCGAUAGGGACUUUUACGCAGUCAUCGAUAAGAUGCAGGCUGCGGACAGGAACACUGUGUAUUAUGACGAUUUGAUCUACUCCCUGCGCUGCACUCAGAGCCACCGGCACCUGCUCUACUACCUAGAGGUACUGCUGGGCGAGAACUCGACGCACCUGAUACUCAGUGAUCCAGAAGCCAUGAUGUAUCUGUCCUAUGUCUUCAAGUCCAACUUGGCGGCGAGGCCUGUCAUUUGGCAGUACAUCGAUCGCAACUACAAGUUGCUCUGCCGGUCGCCUAAUUUUGUGGAGCAUUUCAACCAAAUCGCCGAGUUUGUGCCCAGGCAACAGAGGCCUCAGUUUGAGAGACUUCGCCAGGCCAUUGCCAGUCACAUGAAGUUGGAGUCGCUGAGUACAAUCGAGGAGUUGAUUGAGUCCAACUCGGUGCUGGUGGGCAAGAAGGGAAAGAUCAGCGAAAACUUCCUGGACAAGUUCCAGCAGCAGAUCCAUAAUUGGCUGAUAAGAGAGGUUCCGCCAGAAGCCGCCAAAAGUGAUGCCAUUCUGGCUGCCUCCCUCAGUGUGGCCAAUGGAUCCAGCCGGCCCCAGGGAAUCCUCAAGGAAGCCACUCGGGUGGUUCGGAGUGCGUUGCGGUCCAUAGAUUCAUCAUUCUACAGAUGAUUGCCAUGUGGCACUACUCUUAGGGACUAUAUAAGUACAAGCUCAAUUAUAAAUAAAUUAAUUCCCCUAGA